AGUCAGCAAAACGUUAGCACUUUGUUUCUCAAGCGUAUUGGUUGUACAAUCAUAGAAGCAAUUAACUGAAUUUUCCCCAGAUCGAGCGCUCCGUCAUAUUCCUUAAAGUUCAUCAGUUCACAAAUAUCCAUGUCAAAUACAAUCUCUGAAUUUUUAUCGCUUUUAUUAGUAAUUCUCUGGUUUUAGCUUCAUUAAGCUGUUGCUGAUGGGACGAAUUGGGAUCGCAGUUGCCAUAAACACAUAACGAUUGCUGCGUUUGUUUAACCCCCGAUGAGUGCUCGCGGCCACUCCACCGACCGCUCCAGCACCUAUUCCUCCACAGCGGCCUCCGGCUCAACCGUCCGCAGCCGUCACCAGUACUCCUCGCCUCUCCGCGCCCACGAAGCCAACCAGAAACUUAAUGACUUGGCCAAUGCGGCCUCAUCUAAUUCCUUCUACGAUUCUCGGUCCUCCGUAGUGGAGACGCCGCAUCUAUCAGUGGUUGACAGUAGCCCUUUCUUCUGUCCCCAACGUCCGCCCUAUGGGAAGCGUUACGAAAGUGAGCUGGAUCUGGAACUGCGGACCAAUGCAGGCUCGUCAACGCGGGCCGGCAGUAUCAGCGAGGAUGAUGACUUCUUCACCCCGACGGCGGAAUUUCUCCCGAUACCACCCACGGGAAAGGCGGUGGAGAGCCGACCAGCGGUGUCCGCGGCAGCACCUGUGGCUCGGCCAAAAACGCCUACCUUGGACCCUGCUGAAAUCAAAGAGCCCCCUCUAGAAUCACUUCUCCACUACCGCCCCACCUCCUCAUCGCAGGUCAACGAUCCACCCUCGAACUCCACUUUCCGUGACGGUGGCUCCUCUUUUUGCACUUCCAGUCAGCGAUCUGGCCACAGUGCUCAGACAUACCUGCGCUCACUAGCGGAGACGGCGCGCAGCCAGCGGAAACUCCUAGAGAAGGAACAACAGGCUGCCGCCUCGGAGAUUGCCAGUGUUGUUUCGCAGGGUACCUCACCCAGUAUCCCGGCGGUCAGCGACUCCUACAUCCACCGCAAUGACUACGUAACCAAGCCCCGGUGGGGACUGAGUGCAGAAGAACUGGCCAAAAAUGCCCAGCAGAAUCUCAACCACUCAGCCGAGUUCACCCCGGACGCCGAGCAGAUUCGCAAGCAACACAUCGCGCGGAACCCUUAUGUGCGGAAUUCGAUGAUGAUACCACACGCCUCUAAAAUGAGCAACGUGGAUACUCAGACAUUAGACACUACGGAUAGUCGGGUGUCGGCGUUCGUGACGUCGACCCUCGGGCAUCAUAUGGACAAGCUGAGCAUGGACAAGGUGUUCAAUGAUCCGAGUUUCCGGGGGAUAUGUUCGCAGUAUAAUAAGGAGACGAAAAAGCCGCCAACUACGGUCCGCAGUGCUCCUUCCGUGCGGAAGAGCCUCGCGCCUCGGACAGUGGCCAGAUCGGAGCUAGAAUCAAAAAACUCUGAUCGGUCGGUUGUUCCAUCCAAAACUCCUCCACGACAGAUGAUGACAAAAUUCGACCCGGACGCCAUCUGCGACCAGAUCCCGGCCAGCUUGGCGAUCUUGGACGCCGAGAUUUUGUCGCUCCUAACCGCCGACGUCCUAAAGAGCAACCCUUUGCUGGCAAAACUCCACAGCGCCUGUUUCCGGCCGCGCACCAACGGCAGCGUCGAAUGCCUCUCCAUGAUGGAUCUCGGUCUGGAGAAGAAAGACCACGAAUUCCUCACUGCCAACUGGAUGCAGUUGGCCCACAUGACAGAAUGCUGCCAGCAGGUAUACAGCCUGAUCAGUCUCAGCGGCUGCGCCGAUGGCCAGUUCCUGCAGAACAUUAUGGCCUUCCUCCGGCAUGCCGUCGCUCAGGGCUUGGAGCUGGCCAUCCUGCUGGUGCGAACGGCGACCUUUGUGGUGGUGCGAGACGGGGAUCCCGUAGAUUUGCUAAACUAUGUGCACCAUCUGCGCCAGCUGUCGGAGGCGUUGAGUAGUAAUACGGAGUUCAUUGAGACGGUGCGGGUAGCGCUAAAUGAGAACUUUGCCGCCAUCCCUAUGGUGGUGUCGGGGAUACGGUUGGAUGCGGCCGCGUCGUCACUGUUUGAUUUGUCCAGCAAUAAGAAUACCGGGAACAUGUGUCCGGCGGUGGUGUCGACGCAUAAAAUUGUACGGUCGUGUAGUCGAUUGACACAACGCACAAAUACACGCCAAUGCAGACGUUAACAUUAAUUUACGAUA